AAUGUGAGACAGUAUACGCGGACCGGGGAAAAACAAAACAACAAAACAAAACAAAACAAACCACCGAAAAACAAAAACAUAAAAACCGCUUCAGGCCGGAAGUGUAAAGACGGAACCCGGAGGAACUAAGCUUCAGACCGGAAGUGUGGACCGGAUACGACUGAAACGCUUCAGGCCGGAAGUGCGAGACAGAGACAGAUGAAAACGCUGCAGGCCGGAAGUUUGAAGCGAAGAUGGCUAUAAAAGCUCCUGAGAAGCUCGGGACGACACUCGACAGCUCUUGGAGUCCGAGCUUGGACUGACUGCCUGGGCCUGCGGGGAUUCUGAGUUCUGCCAUCAGUUCUUGUUUCUGACUCUAAAACAACAUGGGAAAUCCUCUUCUGUGUAUUCUCUGUGCAUCAAGGUCUUCAUCUCAAGGUUCCUUGAGACUGAAGAUCUGAAGCAUGAGUGUACAGGACCCACCCACACUCCUGCAGCUGUCAGUACAGAGACUACUGAGGGAUGAGGCCCUGGCCAUCUCUUCUCUGCAGUACCUUCCCAGGGCGCUUUUCCCACUGCUGUUCAAGGAAGCCUUCAAUCACAGACAAACUAAUGUCCUGAGGGCCAUGGUGGCAGUGUGGCCCUUUCCCUUCCUCCCUCUGGGGACCCUGAUGAAGACUCCUCACCUGGAGAUCUUGCAGGCUGUGCUGGAUGGAGUAGACAUGCUAUGGACACAGAAGGUUCUUCCCAGAAGGAGGAAGCUUCAAGUGCUGGACCUGAGGAAUGUGUACCAUGACUUCUGGGAUGUUUGGGUUGGACCAGAGGAUGGAGACCGCUCAGCAGAGACUGUGUGUGAAAAGCAGAUAGCAAAGCGCCUUCAUCAAUAUGCACUGAGGCGACGUUUGAAGGUGGUCACUGACCUGUGCCUCAGGUUCCAUUUGAAUGAGCACCAAGCAUACUUGUUACAGUGGGCCCAGCAGAGGAGAAGCUCCAUACGGCUGUGCUGUGUGAAGAUGCAGAUUUGGGCCUUGCCUGUGUACACCGUCAGGAAGGUCUUGAUGGUCUUCCAGCCAGACAGCAUCCAAGAAUUGGAACUGAACACAGGUUGGAGUCUGUCCACUCUGGUGCAUUUUGCAUCUUAUCUGGACCAGAUGAGAAACCUUCAAAAACUCCUUUUAACACGGAUUCACAAGAAUACCUUCAAGGUUCUAAAUACCUCCUUGGACAUCCAGAAGUGUAUCACCAAGUUUGUUUCUCAGUUCUCCAAACUCAACUCUCUCCAGCAUCUCUCCAUGAAUGGCAUCUACUUUUCCAGUGAGCACAUGAAACAGUUGUUCAGGUACCUGAAGACUCCGUUGGAGACCCUGUCCAUCACCAUGUGCAAGCUUUCACAUUUAGACUUGAAUUCCUUGUCCCAGAGUCAGAGCCUCCAUCAGCUCAAACACCUGAACCUGAGACUUGUGAAAUUAAUUGACUUACGUCCUGUGCCUUUCCAUGAUCUCCUCAAGAGUGUUGCAGGCACUCUGCAGACCCUAGAAUUGGAGGGCUGUUGGAUGGUAGAUUCCCAGCUCAUUGCCCUCCUGCCUGCCCUGAGCCAGUGUUCCCAGCUCACUAGGGUCAAUUUCUAUGACAAUGACAUCUCCAUGGCUGUUCUAAAGGACCUUCUGUAUCACACAGCCAGUCUGAGCCAGCUGACCCAGGAGCUGUAUCCUGCCCCUCUGGAGUGCUAUGAUGACACGGGUGAUAUCCUUAUGGGAAGAUUUGUCCAACUUUGUCCUGAGCUUAUGGAGACACUCAUUACUUUAAGGCAGCCCAAGAAUGUCUCCUUUGCUACGUAUAUCUGCCAUGAAUGUUGUCAGCGCUGUGUCUACGGUCUGGAGACCAAACUUUGUCGUUGUCGGCAGUAAAUAGGGCCAGGUUGGUUUUUGAUACUGAGAAAUGAAAGUCUAGGAACAGGUCUUGCAUCAAGAGAACCCAAAACACACAGCCACACCCUGCUCAUUAUCUGGGAACCCAAAUGGUGCGCAGGAGGGCUAGACCACAAAGACUGGGCUUAUAGAGAACAGUGGGACCCAGGACAGAUGUCUGUGGAAUCAAAAGACAAUCCUGCAUUUCUUUUCUUUCGUUUGUUCUUUGUUUUUUUUCUUUAAGAUUUAUUUAUUUUAUAUCUGGGUGGUUUACCUGCAUAUAUGUAUCCUUGGUGCCUGUAGAGUUCAGAUGUGAGCAUUGGAUCCCCUGGAACUGGAGUUUUGUUUGGAUGGCUGUGAACCAUCAUAUGAGUCUUCUGCAAGAACAAGUGCUUUUGGCUGCUGAGCCAUCUCUCCAGUCCCAGUUCAGCACUUUCUAAAUAAAUGAGUUCUGUCAGGUCAUGAUAAUGAAUGACUUUCUCCUUCUUACAUGGUAGUAAAAUAGCCAGAUUUUAGAACCUGGAUAUUCUGGUGUCCUUCUCACCAGAUUUUUGGAACUUGGAUUCAGUGUUAUUCUUUUCCUGUGGCUUGAGCUGGAAAGACCCUGUGCUGUCUCUUGCCCAAGAUCUCUAGACCUCUGUAAUGGUAAACCUGGCUUUUAACCUGACUACUUCUGUAACAACUAGAACCCAAGAUGACAACUAGAUAUUAUUGUGAGGUGUGAGAUUUUCAUCAUCAGAUUACUUGAUGAAACAACACAUACGCUAAAUGGUGGCCAUGCGGUACUCUUGACAGCAUUUGUAAAGAGAGAGAGAAGGAACCUGUGCCGCCAAGUUUGUCUGUCCUACUUCUUUGGGCAGUAUUCAUUUCCUUCAGGAUUUUAACAUAGACUGAAAACCAGCAGCUCUCUAGGAGCCUAGGAUUACAGCGACUGCAGAGACUUGCAGCUUUGUGAAUGAACUCCCAGGUCCUUGGCCUGUCCGCUGUGAGCCAGCCGUUGUCAGACUGCGCGGACCACAGCCGGUAGGGAAGCCAGUCAAGUAAACCCCAUAUGUUCCUGAUACAUAUGCAAUUGUCAGUUCUGCUCCUUUAGCCUUUAGAGAACUCUGACUACUACAGCAUCGUAGUAAAGUGAAAGCAGUCAGAUGCCUUCCCUCUACUUUUGCCUGGGCAUCUGUUAUGUCUCACUGUGUGCUCAUUGCUUUAGGAUACAGAAUUUCAACCUAAAAUGAGCAAUGCAUUCUCCUGUGAGGGGUUUGGGGGGAAUGGUAGAGGAAUUCAAUCUAGUACACUUAGACUAGGAGGUAUUAUGGACACAUCAAAGAUGGCUGAAGUGAAGUUAAUUCAAUCUAGUACACUUAGACUAGGAGGUAUUAUGGACACAUCAAAGAUGGCUGAAGUGAAGUUAAAGAUAACACAGAGCAAGGAAAAUGGAGUCUAAGCCACUUUGCUUUAUCACUUUUUAUUUUUUCUCUCUCUCUUUCAUGGUCACAUAUUGCCCAGGCUGGCCUUGAAAUCCUCCUGCCUCCACCUUCUAAAUGCUAAGAUUACUGAAGUAUGGCACCUUGGCUAGUUUGUAGGCCACAAGUAUGUAAGACUCUGUUUUUCAGGGCUUCCAGCCUCCGGUUGUCCCUUUGAAAACAAAGGUCUCCAGUACAUGUUCCUGUCCCCUAAAGGAUUGACAGGCCUUAAGGUGCGUUAUAGGUGUCCAGGAGUAAACUUUUAUUUUGUUAGUAAGCAUCUAAGCCUAGCCAUUGUGCUCCUCUCUAUAACCUGGUUGCAAUAAAGAAUUUUGU